UCAAUCGUUCAACGUUGCAACCUUGCAGGACAGCGUGAGGUAACCACGGGAUUCCUCGUCAUGGUCAACUACAUGCAGCUGACCUGCAAGGUGAAUGCGCUGAAGCGUGGAGGAAAUCACAAGAGCUACAAUGAGGUCUGGAGGCUAUACAUCAGGGACCAUAUGCCCAAUCCGCCCAGCGAAAGAACGUUCCGCCGCUGGAUUAACUGGGGAAGCAAAUUUUCCACGGUUGCGUCUGGAGGCACGGUAUAUUUACUUGCUAUCAUUGCCUUCGCACGUUUGCAUGAGGAACUAGGCAAAGCCCUGGAGGAUUUUCCGUGUCAUUUGGCAAACGUGCUUCGAUGUCCUGACCCAGACACAGCAUGCGGCAAGCAAAUCCUUACGAGAAUCAUCCCAUCGAUUGCUCAACUGCGUCAACGCGUCGCCCUUCGAUACGACACGCUGUUUCCUCCAAGCACUCUCAAGGAGCUGGAGCUGACCACCGACUUCAUUCUGUGCUCCGACGUUGAACAAUCAGAUAAGGUAUUUGGAUCUCUAAGCCUAAACGCAUUCGCCGCCGUGGACAGGGAUGCUGAGGCUUGGAUGCCGUGUCUGAUACCUACCAGUGGCCAUGACGUCCUAUGUCUGACGUCCGCCAGCCAAAAGCUGCUCUGCUCCCAAGGGGAUGUGCACAUGGACCCACCAUCACCCUUGACGGUCAUCGACUCCUGGGAUGUAGAGAAUAUUGGUAUCUUGGACGACCCCGAGCAGUCCGCAUCCUCGUUCCACGUAGUAGCUCCUUCGAUGCUGCUCAAGACCGGUUUCUCUUUACGGCAUGAAGAGCAUCAGGCGCACCCUGUCCCGACGGACCCGAAGGAUGCUUAUGCAUGGACGGAGAGGCAGCGGGAGGCUGCGGCCGAAGCAGAGCAGCCCGGGAGUGUUGAAGACCUGAAUCAAUGGAUGUCCGCAUUAUACCAGGAUGGCCGACGCAUGGAUACUUCGUCGUACAUCAGAUUAGACCCUGGAAUCUUGAGUCAACCUCUGCAGAUCGUCGACUGUGAUGGGGGCCUGAUUACAUGUCUGUUCCCGAACAUGCCAGAUCACCUUCGUAAUACGUUGACGGCCAACGUAAUGGCAUGUUUGGAAGGGCAUAAUAUCAACCUGGAAGACAUGUGCUCUGCGUCUGAUGGCGACAAGUAUACCUUCCCAGUUCUGCACUUCUCAUGGUACAACAGGCAUGGUAUGCGAGGCCAUGAAGUGCCAGAAGAGGCGCAUCCGUUGCUCGUAGGGAAAGCGGAUAAUACACGCAUGAAUUACAGUCAACUGCUUCCCUACCAGUCGAGCGAUACAAGGAAAUAUCAAGAUAUCUACGACAACAUGCAGACCGUGCUUGAGAGCGUGUUCGAGUUCAUGGCAGAACAAAUCAAGGCCGUACUGCCCAACCACUAUGCGAAUCUUGAAAUGGAUGCGGAGGUCUUGCCUGGGAAUGCAUGCUCAAUCGUGCAUCCCUUCCUCUCCCUGGUCAUCAACCUCAACGUCUCCACCCUUGCUCAC